UUGUUCUGAAGGACUAUGGAAUGGUGCCAUAUAUAAAGAUAUUUUUGGAUGAUGAGUGCUACAGGAGUGCUACUCUCAGUAUCUUGGAGCAGCUCUCAGUCAUCAACUAUGAGGAGUAUAUGAGCAUUAUUAUUGGGGCCCUCUGUUCUUCUACACAAGGGGAACUACAUCUGAAACUGGAUCUGCUGAAGUCACUCCUGAGGAUACUGGAGAGUCCCAAGAGCCAUUCAGCUUUCAGAACUUGCAGUGGAUUCAAUGGACUCCUGUCCCUUCUCUCAGACAUGGAAGGUGCAUUGCAGGACCCUCCAUCUGGGCUGUGGGCAGCAGUUGGUCACAAUUGUGUAUUGGAGCUUGUUUUCUACACACUUCAGGGGAUAACAGCAGCCCUGAACCUGGACCCUGUCAACAGCAAUUUCUUCCAGAGGAAUGGUCUUUUUGAAAAGAUGGCAGAGGAUCUUGGCUUACUUGGAUGCUUCUGGACACAAGGGGAAUGCCAAAUCCCUCUGAGCCUUGAGAAGACAAGGACAUUUUCAGAAUUCUUGGAUGCAGCUUUCUACUCUUCAGAACCUUUCCCAGUGUGGCUAAAGAACUGCAUAUCGAUUUUGAAUUUUCUUGAUCACAUGGUCAAAGGAACUCUCCAUCUGGAGAGCUACUUCAAGGAGAGAAAGCCAGAGAUGGAAGAGGCAUCAAGAGAUGAUCAGGAGGGACCCCAAGCUCAAGAAGAGCAUCCUGUUGCUUUCAAAAGACCAGACAAAUUACCUGUCUCUGCCUAUAGGCUAUGGGGGAACCCUGAAGAGAAGUGGGAAAUGAGAGACUGUACCAUUGUACAUCCAGGUGCUGUCUGCGUUAUGGUGAGGUUGCUGCCAAAGCUGUACAAAGAGGGACACUCUCAGCUCUCACAGGAAAUCCAAUGUGCUGUGGUUGAUCAUAUCCAGUCCCUGGUGAAGUCAGAGAAGAGUCGCCAGGUGAUGUGUGGAUCUGGCUUGCUAAGCACCAUCAUAACUUCCUGUCAGGAUGCCUUCCACAAUGAGAGCCAUCCAUUGCAUCUGCCCGUCACUAGAGUGUUUGAGAAGCUUGCAUCACAGGCUAUUGAGCCAAAUGUGUUAAGGCAAUUUCUUUGGUUGGGAGGUUCUCUACCACUACCUUCCUGGCCCAGCACAAACAAGACCAAAGCUCUUUCAUGUCAGGGGAGUGAUUCAACUAAAGCAACUUGGAAUGAAGGUUCAGAAGAGGACAUGGUAGACAAUAAAACUGAUCCUCAGACAGUUGUGCCUGUCAACUCUCCUUGGGUGUCUAAGGGAUCUGCAUUGGCACUCCAGACUGCAAUGAGUCUCAUCUCCAUGACAUCGCCUCGAAACUUCCAGCUCCGCGGCACUGCUUUGGCUCCAUCGUUUGUGGAGUUUGACAUGUCCAUGGAAGGAUACGGGUGUCUAUACUUCCCUACCUUGGCCACUGUUAUGGGACCCAGUGCAGAGCAAUCUGUCUCAGGAGGAAUUGGCAUGGGCACCAGAAUGUUCCCUCCCUCAAGCGGCCUGACAUUCUCCUGCUGGUUUCUGGUUAGCAAGUUUGGUUUGGAGCACAACAGUCACCCACUCCGUUUCCUCACAGUUGUGAGGCACAUGUCAAGAACGGAGCAAGAAUUUAUUUGCUUUUCAGUAAGCUUCCUCCCACAUGACUGUUUUUUGGUCAUUUCCACAGAAGAAGUGGAAUUCCAGCCUCUUGAUAUCAUGGAACCUGAGUGUGAGGUCCUAAAUCCUUCCCCACUUCCAGGGCAAGUCCAGUUUGGCUGUGGCAAGCUGCUAAUCACUGGGCAGUGGCAUCAUCUCACAGUGACAGUUGCUAAGGAAGCAAAGAAGAACUGCAUUGUGUCAGCUUAUAUAAAUGGUCAAAUGCUUGGCUCUGCAAAGAUGCAGUAUCUCCAGCCCUUACCAGGUAGCUGUAUUUCCAUGGAACCCUCUUCCUUUAUUGAUGUUUAUGGGUACAUAGCUACUCCUCGAAUUUGGAAACAGAAGUCCUCCUUGACCUGGCGCCUUGGCCCUGCAUACUUGUUUGAAGAAGCCAUCUCUGUGGAAACCAUGGAGGUGAUUAAUAAGCUUGGCCCACAGUAUUGCAGCAAUUUCCAAGCAGUACAGCUUCCAGGUAAGGAUGAGUACAGUGAUUAUAAUCCUACACCUCUGGUGACAGAAGAGAAAAUUUCUUUUGGAAUCAAUGCCGUGUGCUCAUCUUUCACUACGGUCCAAGAUAUAAAGAGCUCCUACAAUGAAGUGGAUGGCCGGCUGAUUGCCAAAGAGAUUGGGAUUAACUCUCGGGACAGUUCAACUCCAGUAUUCCUGGCUAAAAAUAUUGCUGGACAUCUCUCAGGUUCUUUGAGGACUAUUGGGUCAGUUGCUCUGGGACAAUACGGGAUAAGAGUGUUCCAGUCCUCUCCAGCAGCUACUAGCCUGAACUUCAUUGGAGGCCCUGCCAUUCUUCUGGGUCUCAUUGCUAUGGCCCGUGAUGACCACACCAUGUAUGCAGCUGUCAAAGUCCUGAACUCCAUCCUGAACAGUAGCCCAAUGAGUGAAAAAUUGAUGAGGCACAUGCAUGGCUACCAGUUGCUGACCUAUCUAUUGAAAAGGAAGACACAACUCUUAAACAAUAGGAUUUUACAGUUAAUGUUCUCCCUAGUGGGCACAGCUGAGCUUGGAUUUGAGUCUUCAGUCAUCAAGAAUUAUAGUGCAUUCCAGUAUGUUCUCUGCAACUUUGAGCUUUGGAUGAAAGCACCAGAAAAUCUUGACCUUGUUCUUUUUUCACACCUUGUGGAGAUCUUGCAGUCCUCCAGAGAUGGAUGUCACAAUGCUCUGGUUGCCUACCAGGUACAAAUGGUGCCCAAGCUCAUUUUCCUCUUCAAUGAUCCUGAAAUCAGUAACUCCAGGAUCACUGUGGCCUGCACUAUUCUCUCCCUUCUGUUACAAGGAUACUUUAACACAAGGGAUGUUCUCAGGAUUGGAUUGUUCCUUGUUUACACUUUGAAACCUUCUUCUGUGGAUGAAAAUCAGAUUUGCCUGGACACUGUGGCUGAAAUGCCCAAUGAAGCCUUAAGCCAAACAUCUGGAAAGACAAUCUGGCUUCGAAACCAGUUACUGAAGAUGCUGUUAGAUGUAAUGCGCUCAAACAAACUUCAUCUGUCCUCUGAGGAACAAGAAGAGACAUUUUUGGCCUUGGGGCCAGACUGGUUUCUGCUGUUCAUACAGAGCUACCUGCACUCUAGCACAGUUGUGCUAGGAAUCAAGCUACUUCUGUGCUUCCUCCACAAUCGUUUGCUGCUGAACAAAUUCAAGGAGGGGAUGGUGGCUGGGCGCUGGCUGGAAAACAGCUCUGUGGGGUUGAGUAUUCUAAUGGAUAAUUUAAAAACUCAUCCUCCAGUGCCUGAAAAUGAAAAUGGCUCCUUCUUGAUUUUUGGGUUUUCUGUAUUGCAAAGAUGUCUGACUGAUCAUGUCCACAUCCCUGAGAUCUACUUGCUCAUGGCAGGACUCUUUCUGGCAACGCCACAGUCUGAACCACCUGAAGCAGCCAAGAAAGAUCUUGAGUCUAUGUUGCAGUGGAUUUUGCAGCACCACCUUACAGAGAAUGUCCUCAAAAUUGGGUUGUGUGCAGAGGCAGCUACUUUACUGCUGGAAAUGGUUAGAGUCACUGUGGACAAGCCUAUUGCAGAUGCAGAAGACUCCUGGGAGAUUGCCUAUCCAGGGAACGUUAUCCAGUUUCUGUGCUUGAUCUAUCACAGUUAUACUCAGGACUCUGUUUGGCACUGUCCUGACUUCUUGAAAACUUUGGCUAUGGUUGCUUUCCAUUCUGGACCACCCAAGGGAGGCUCUGAAGGCCUUUUAUCUCCUGAUGAUCCAGCCAUUGCUGAAGGGAAAGGCUGUGUUGAUCCCUCCUCUCUCUCACUUCUACCACACCCUGCCAAGAAACAAGCGUGGGAUUUUGUGCGAGUCCUCCUGAUGGACAGUCUUCUCAACAUCCCAGCAAGCAAACAAGGGCAUCCCUUUGAGCUGCUUCUUGAGGCUUCUCCAGAGGGUGCUACCAGUGAGCAGAAGAGACAUUUUCAGACAAAAGUUUUGCUGUCUGCUAUGGAUGUCUUCCAUGUUACCAGCCAAGGCGAGGGGAAAACAAGACCAAGAGGGAGCAGUGAUCCUCAUGGCACUUCAGAAACAACUGCACCUGUAUCCAUGAUGAAUAUUGCUUAUUUUGCUCAGAAGCUGGUUGAGAAGCUGAACAGCGGAUUGUUUGCUGCUGACCCCAAGCAAAUCCUGCUCUUCACUGCCAAACAGAUUAUGGGGGUCUUAGAAAGCACUGUUUCUCAAAAGGAAGUUUUCCUCAGUGCCCUGUACAACUGUCUAAACAGAGCCAUCCUGUACUGCCUGUCCAGACCACAACAAUCGCUGCCUGAACAGUUUAAUGUCCUGAACACUCUCAGUGUCCUGCAGGAACAAUGGGACAUUAUUUUUGCAACUUACAACUCAAAUAGUAAUUUUGUUGUCUGCCUAAUGUACUGCCUUUACCAACUGAAUUCGGGCAGCUGUCCGGAAGGUUUUGGGGUGGGUGCAAAACCAAAGCUGGCUUCAUAUCACCAAAUUUUCCUUGCACCCAGUGAAGAGGAAAAGGGCAGCCUGCCUACUCCAGAUGAUGUCCAUCAGGAGAUUCUGAGAAUGGUAGAAAUCAUCUGGAAGCAGCUCAUUUCUCAGAGGCGGCAGGCUCUGGAGGACACUUACAAGAUGGAUCUUUCUGUAAAAGGAAAUGACAAAGAAAGGGACAUGAAGAUAACAGAGAUCACUCCUUUAUGGGAAGAAAUUAUGACAAAAGCUUGGCAGCACUUGAUAGCAUCUGAAAAGAAGCUUCUCCAGAAUAAAGCAGGGCCAACUCUGUCACAGAUCAAGCACUAUUCCUGGAGUGAAAGCCUGUCUUCAGCUAUUAAGUUGAUGCCUGGUCGAAACACAAAGGAAAUGACACACAAAUCUGAGGGAUUUGUGUCAUGUAUGGAACAGUACCGAAGAACUGGGCAGGAGCUGUAUGCCUCUUUGUACAAGAACCACAUACAGAUGCUGCAGUGUGGUUACAGCAAAGCAGCCAAGGACUGGAUGAUCCUUGAAAAACAACUUUUCUACAGAAGGGGCCCAUGGAGAGAUGCAUCACGAUCCUUAGAGCCACGAUGGAUCCUUGAUUGUUAUGAAGGGCCUUCACGAAUGAGGAGGAGGAUUCAACGUGCAAACGCCCAAGUGACAAUGAUGCGAAUGAAGAGUGAG